AUGUGUUUAACACAUUUUCCAUUCCAUUGGAUCGUGCCGGCUGCUACACCUGCCGAGGACAAGCCGAAGCUUUCUGCCACAGCUGGACAAGCCGCCACUGACGCCGCUCUCUACCGCAGCAUUGGUUGUGCACUUCAGUACCUUACGCUCACCAGACCAGACAUUCAGUUUGCGGUGCAGCAAGUUUGCUUGCAUAUGCACUCGCCUCGUAAUGUUCACUGGUCUCUGGUUAAGCGUAUUCUUAAGUACAUCCGUGGCAUGCCGACUUAUGGUCUUCGUCUGCGUGCUUCCGCCUCCACCGAGCUUCUAGCCUAUACGGAUGCGGACUGGGUUGGCUGUCCUGACACUCAACGAUCCACGUCGGGCUACUGUUUCUUCUUCGUUGACUCGCUCGUCUCGUGGUGCUCUAAGCGGCAGCCCACCGUCUCCCGCUCAAGUGCUGAGGCCGACUAA